AUGUUUCACUGUGGCAUGAGGCAAAUGGAAGAGAAACAUGUAGCAAAUAAGGUGGAUCUUAUGGUUUGGAGUAAUCGGCUUGAUUUAUUAGCAUUAAGCAAUUUCAAAGGUGAAGUACAAGUGCAUAGACUUCACUGGCAAAAAGUAUGGAAUUUGCCACCACCCAAAGAAGGUGUAACUGUUCAAGCAAUGGCUUGGAGGCCUGAUGGCAAGGCAUUGGCUAUUGGGUACAGUUCAGGCACUGUAUGCAUAGUGGAUAUUGAAGAUAAAGAGAUUAUAGACAAAUAUGACUUUGCUUGUGAGAUGACAGAAGAAUUAUAUUCAGCUAAUGAUUAUGGGAUCCCUUGUAUUUCUUGGACUGUAAAAAGUGGAACUUUGGAGAGUGCUGUAGAGUACAAUUUAUAUGAUGAUGCUUCAAUAUUUUUACCAAAAGCCCCAUCACCAAGCACAAGUUAUAAAAGUCAAGUUCCGGAAGAUACAACAAAAACUUUGAAAGAGUCUGUAGACAACACACAGUUAAGCAUGCUUAUGAUAGCAUUUGGUAGUGGUAGCAUAUAUUUAAGUGUUUUUGGAAGAUAUCCAUAUGGAAUUAUACACUUAUCACAAAUCACAAAAGAUGAAUGUGGUGAAUACAAGAUACUGGACAUAAAAUUGUCAGAUGAUUUUAGUGUUAUGCAAGUUUUAUAUUUGGAAAAAACCUCUAAUAACAUUUAUUUAUCAGUUGUGAAUACAAGUGUUUUGUCUGGUUUUGCUGAAGAAAUGUUUGUAGUAGCAACUAGGCAUGGCCAGAUUGUGGAAUUAUUGUCCCAUCUAGAUCAGACUAUGAUUUCUAUAACAGAAGCUUGGGAGCACAUUUUGUUAGAGAUGGACACUAAAAUGGCAUAUUAUGCUUCUUCUGUACCGGAAGGAGGAGUAUCUGCCGAUUUACUGGAAUUACUUAUGUUAGGUGUCCCUUCAGAUGAAUUGGAAUUAUUUUUGCUUCAAGAGCUAACUGCCAAAGGGCUUAAAAAAUUCGGGAAUUCUGUAGAAUUAAGCUAUUCUACUAUACAAAAACUAGUUCUAAAACAGUUAAAUAUUGUUGGGCAGAGUUUAACAUAUCAUCUAUCAGAGUUGAGAGGUUUAACAAGAGUACCAGACAGAUAUAAGGUCCUUGGUCUUGAGGAGAAAAUGGUAACAGAGGCAAUAAAAGCGUCUUGUGCAUUUUUAAAUAAAUGCUUAGAAUUACAACAAGUUAUUGAUGUCUCAAUGCGUAAUUACAAAGCUUUCUUCAGAUGGCUCUUUGUGGUAAUUGUACGCUUACUGGAUGAACAAACUUCAAGUGAAAUUGUCAAAAUAACUCAACAAGAACUUACACAUAUAGCAGAAUUCCUGUAUAAUUUUGAUAAUGUACAAGUAGAGGGAAGUGAACAUUCAUCAGAGAAACCUGUUAAAUUUAACUUAGAGAGGCUAGGCCAGUACUUAUUAGAUCAAAACUUAACAAUUCUCCCAGAUGAUGAAGAUAAUCCUUGGCAUAAAUUCCUUAGAGAAAAUUCAUGUCUACUUAAAGAUGAUGACACAAUAUUUCCCAUGAUGGAUUUUAAGAAGUUCUCACUUGUACAACAACAAAAUUAUCUAAAGAAUGCUGUGAGAAAAAUAUUUAAUGUCAAAGACAAGGAUGUAGGAAAAUAUUUUUCUAUUCUUUAUAAUCUCAAAUGUUUUGAUAAUCCAAAUAAUGUACCCAGCGAACAGUUUAAAGUGUCCCAAAUGUUUGAUUCUAGUGAGGAAAGGUUUUUAACAGCAUUUAUUGAUACAGAAAAUUCUACUGAAGCCAUAUGUUUUAUGGCUGUUAGUAUAAAAGAGAAAGUUUGUAGCUCUAUCGCAAGUAAAUUCAUCUUCACCUCAUGUCUAAUUAGCGACAGUGAUUAUGUGCAAGACAAAAAGUUACAAAUUUUAGAUUUACAAUUUUAUUCUUCCGAAUUUUUAUCAGUAUUAGUUAAACAUCCCAGCAUAAACGAUAGCGCAAUAUUUAUUCAAGUACCGAUUAAAAUAAUCAUAGAAAAAUCCACUGAAUUUAAUAUAAAAACGAAAUCAUUGGUUUUCAAUGAUAAAAUACUAAAAGUGAAUUUAUCUCCACUCAUUGAAACAGGAGUGUUCAAGGUUCUAGAAAAGAUGGAUGGUUUUCGCAUAGCUGUUUCGGGAAAUAGAAAAGUUGCUGUUGUUUUAUCAAAAAGUCAUAGAAAAGUGAGAGUUUUUGAAAUGGAAAUAGAUGGGGAAGAGGAGGAAGAUGAAACUCUUGAUACAACUUCAUUAUCCCAUACAACUCAUGAUAGUGUCAACAGGAGCACAGAAAAUCAGGAAGAUAUUAUAUUUUAG